AUGGAGGGGGCUCUGAUAGCCCGGGACAGAGUCGGGGUGCAGGACUUUGUGCUUCUGGACUCCCACACCAGUGAGACCGCUUUCCUGAACAACCUUCGCAAGCGAUACCAAGAGAACCUCAUCUAUACAUAUAUCGGUACUCUUCUUGUGUCUGUCAACCCUUACAAAGAGCUGGACAUAUACACCAUGACACAGAUGCAGCUUUAUCGAGGGGUUAACUUUUUUGAACUGCCACCACAUCUAUACGCCAUAGCUGACAAUGCCUACCGGGUGAUGUGCAGUGAGUACAACAACCAUUUCAUCCUCAUCUCUGGGGAGAGUGGAGCUGGGAAGACGGAAGCAUCCAAGAAGAUCUUGCAGUAUUAUGCAGUAACCUGUCCAACUACAGAGCAGCUGCAGAUUGUCCGUGAUCGUCUGCUACUUUCCAAUCCUGUUCUGGAGGCUUUUGGAAAUGCAAAAACUCUGCGUAAUGACAACUCAAGUAGAUUCGGGAAAUACAUGGACAUCCAAUUUGAUUUUAAGGGAGCUCCAGUGGGAGGGCACAUCCUCAGUUACCUAAUUGAGAAAUCCCGAGUUGUCCAUCAAAACCAUGGAGAAAGGAAUUUCCAUAUUUUCUACCAGUUAUUAGAGGGUGGAGACAAGGAUCUUCUUUGCUGGCUUGGGCUGGAGCGCAACCCCCAGAAGUAUGUGUAUCUCAUCCAGGGUCGAUGUGCCAAAGUGUUUUCUAUUAAUGACAAGAAUGACUGGAAAAUAGUCCGCAAAGCUUUUUCUAUCAUUGACUUUACUGAAAAAGAUAUAGAGCAUCUCUUUGGAAUUGUUGCUAGUGUGCUGCACCUCGGGAACAUUCAGUUUGAAGAAGACAGCAAUGGACAUGCCAUCAUUCGUGACGGCACACAGAUCAAAUGGAUUUCAAAGCUACUGGGUGUGCACUUGUCCAUUCUGCAGGAAGCUCUCACCCAUCGGAAGAUCGAAGCCAGAUCUGAAGAGGUCCUAAGCCCAUUGAAUGUGGAUCUGGCAUUCUACGCUCGGGAUGCAGUAGCAAAGGCAAUUUAUGGACGAACUUUCACUUGGCUGGUCAACAAAAUUAAUGGCUCUCUAGCCAACAAGGAUUCAACUCGGAAAACAGUUAUUGGCCUGCUGGAUAUCUAUGGUUUUGAAGUGCUGGACACAAACAGCUUUGAGCAGUUCUGCAUUAAUUACUGCAAUGAGAAGCUCCAGCAGCUGUUGAUUGAGAUGACCUUGAAAGCAGAGCAGGAGGAAUAUGAACUGGAAGGAAUAGAGUGGGAACCAAUUCCGUAUUUUAACAACAAGAUCAUCUGUGACCUGGUUGAGCAGAAGCAUAAAGGAAUAAUCUCCAUUCUGGAUGAAGAAUGCUUACGACCUGGUGAAGCAACUGAUUUGAGCUUCUUGGAAAAGCUGGAAGAGAAAGUAGGAGAUCAUGCCCACUUCGUGACUCGCAAGCUUGCAGACCAGAAAACACGGAAAUCCAUUGACUGGGUGGAUUUCCGCCUCCUCCACUACGCAGGAGAAGUCACUUACUGUGCUGUUGGAUUUCUGGAGAAGAAUAAUGAUCUACUAUACAGAAACCUGAAAGAGGUGCUGUGCAACUCUAAAAAUAGCAUCGUUAGAGACUGCUUUUUACUAUCAGAACUAGACAACAGGAGGAGACCAGAGACUGUUGCAACCCAGUUCAAAAACAGUCUGACAAGUCUUAUAGAAAUCCUGAUGUCCAAGGAGCCUUCUUAUGUCCGAUGCAUUAAACCGAAUGAGAACAAGGAGCCUGGGAAGUUUGAUGAUUAUCUGAUCAGACAUCAGGUGAAAUACCUGGGCCUGAUGGAACACUUGCGGGUGAGACGAGCCGGCUUUGCAUAUCGACGGAAGUAUGACCUGUUCUUGCAAAGGUAUAAAUCACUCUGUCCAGCUACCUGGCCACAUUGGCAUGGGCCAGCAGCUGAGGGUGUGGAGAGGCUCAUCAAGCAUAUUGGUUACAAGCCUGAGGAAUACAAAUUAGGAAGAACCAAAAUAUUCAUUCGAUUCCCAAAGACUCUGUUUGCUACUGAAGAUGCAUUUGAAUUCAGAAAGCACCUGUUAGUUUCAAGACUACAGGCCAAAUAUAAAGGAUGCCUUGGAAAGAGAGAGUACAAGAAGAAGAGAGAAGCAGCUAUCAAGCUGGAGGCUUGUUGGCGAGGAGCGCUGGCACGGAAGGAGGCCAAGAAGAGGACGUGGGCGGUUCAGAUAAUCAGGAAAUUCAUAAAUGGCUUCAUCAAUCGGAAGAAACCCCUUUGCCCAGAGAACACUGAAUUUGUGCAGCUUGUGCAGUACAACUACUUGAUGAAGCUCAGAGACCACGUUCCAAAAAACGUCUUGGACAAGAGCUGGCUCCAACCUCCUUCCAUCCUGGAAGAGACAUCUGAGAUGCUACAGAAAAUCUGCAUUAGGAACCUAGUAAGGAAAUACUGCCAAGGUGUUACUGCCGAGAGGAAAGUGCAGUUACAGCAAAAAGUGGUAGCAAGUGCUGUUUUCAGAGGGAAGAAGGAGGGCUACCAGCAGAGCAUAAACCAGCCUUUCAUGGACACCCGACUGAAAGAGAGUGAUAUAAACCCUAAAGUACUGCAGCUCAUCCACGGUGAGAAGAUCAAGUAUGUGACCCCCGUGAUAAAAUAUGACAGGAACGGGUUCAAAGCACGAGACCGGCUACUUGUUCUGACCCAGUCCUCGGCGUAUGUGGUGGAAAUGGCGAAGAUCAAGCAGAAAAUAGACUACGCCACUCUGAAAGGCAUUUCCACCAGUAACCUGAGCGAUGGGAUUGUAGUCAUCCAUGUUCCCGAGGACAACAAACAGAAGGGAGAUGUGAUACUUCAGUGUGAGCAUAUCUUUGAGACGAUCACUAAACUCUGCAUGCUGGCCAAUAAGCAAAACCUUGUUAAAGUUGUGCAGGGAAGUCUUCAGUUUCGCAUUGGCUCUGGGAAAGAAGGGACAAUGGUGUUUACUGUUGGGCAGGAGCCUCAGGUCUUUAAAGCCAAAAAUGGACAACUAACAGUGGUGUCAACCCAGGCAAAGUCUUGAUGAGAAACAGCUCCUGUUCCUGGUCACUGUCUUGGCUAGGAACAGAAAGGAGCCUGCAGGAUGAGACCAGCACUCGCAUCUCCUCUGGAAUCUUUGAUGCCAUAGGGCUGCUGUGAUUUGAGAGUUUGCUUGCAUCUUUUAGGCUCUUUUUAUAGCUUAAAACUGUUCAACUGGAGCUAAAUAAAUUCCAUUAUGUUGCUGUAA